AAUUUUUGUCCACAUUGCAGCUUCUACCUUGGGGAAGCAAACGGAGUGGGAGAGGAGUUUCGCUGGAAGGCGAGAAAAGGAGAGGCGGGGCCGGCGGCGGAGAUGGAUGAUGACAAAAUCUCGACUUUGCCCGAGCAUGUCAAGCAUCACAUCCUCUCCUUCAUACCGAGCAUCAAGGAAGUAGCGAGGACCAGUUAGCUAUCGAAGUCGUGGCUGCGGACCUGGCGAUCGUUCCAGAUUUCCGACUUCAAACCAUGGCUCAUCCUACCGGACGCGGCUGUCAGCGGCUUCAUGGAAACCGGGCUCGGCAAGGAGUACGGCGAGAGAUUCGUCAGGUUCGUGGACGAUGCCCUGAUGAGGUCCCGCGACGGGAUGCCGAGGUUCAGGAUCUUUGUGAACGCGGAGGUGGCUCCUCACCUAGAUCGAUGGUUAGGUAUGGCCUUAGACUGUCACGUUGAGGAGCUAAGCAUAAACAUCAUGUCCGAUUUGCCAUACUCGAUUCCCGCAAGGGUUUUAUCUGCUGAGUUCAUCAAGUCCUUAACAUUGACCGGUGGGGUAAAGAUUGAUGGGAUUAGUGCCGUGAGCCUUCCGUCUCUGCGAUUGCUUCAUUUGGUAUAUACUCUUAUUGACAAUCAGAUGCUUCAGAGACUCCUCGGCGGCUGCCCUUUACUUGAAGAUCUUUCUUUGAGCUCCUGCGGUCUCUUAUCCGAGAUCGAAGUCCCAAAUCUCCAUUAUCUCAAGAGAGUAACGGUGGCUGGGACGGGCCCUGAGAUUAAGGUUGUCAGCAUUAAAGCCCCGGGCUUGGAAAGCUUUAAGCUCGGUUGCAGAUGCCAAUAUAUGCGUGUACAGGACAUUGGUUUAGCAGUUCAUGUAAGUCCGAGUGUCAGCUGCUUAGAACUAAUGGGCCUUGACCAGACGGACGAGCUGUUCUGUCGAUUCCUUUCCAAAUUCCCUCUGCUGGAAAGCUUGAUUCUGCAGGGAUGCAUGUUGUUGAAAAGAAUCAGGAUUUCAAAUCCACUUCUGAAAAAGAUCUCGAUAGAGAAUUGUGAUAACUUGGUGGACAUAAGAAUGGACACCCCGAAGUUGUCAUCUUUCUACUAUGAGAUGGGUAAGACACUGCCCUCGAUAUGGACGGAGAAUUCUCCUUACAGUUGUGCCACUGGAUUCGAGUUUCUUUUGUGGCAAGAUCCUACUGCUGUCUGGUUCCAGGAGUUCCAGAAAUUCCUCGAUGGAUGUUCUACAGCAUUUAGAUGCCUCGAAUCAACUGUACUUCUCUAUGAGUGGGACGAUGAAAUGGAAGAUGAGAUGACCAAGAAAGUGGUUUUAUCAGCACCUGGAAUACAAUAUCUGAAACUCGUGCUUGCGGCAUCUCAGUCGAACUACCCCCUUAUCCUGGAUGGCUUAUUUUCAGCUUGCCAACCUACAACUUUUCUUCUAAGGGCUGCAAAACCUUUACUAAAGUACAUAUGUGAUGCGCUCGCAAACAGGGAAGAGAAUAUCGAGUGCUGUUCGGGUGAGCCCAGGUGUUGGAGGCACAAGCUUAAAGAUGCGAAGAUUGAAAGGGUUGGGGGUAUCCAACAUCAGGGACCAUUAGAUUGUUACACCUUGUUCAGUUUGUUGCCUACUCUAUCUUCAGAAAAUGAAGUUUGCUUUAGAUUGCGGUGGUGAGAUUGGCAACGGGACGAUAUUUCCCUAUACGUAGUGCACGCCUGUGAAACUGCAGUACUAAAUGAAGAACAUGAGCCAGCUCCUUAGCAUGUAGGAGGAAUGCUUUUGGAGAUGAAUGGUAUGGUAAUAGCUAGAUGGUUGCCUCUCUUGGUGCCUAUGGAAACUCCUUUUGCAUUUAAGCUGAACCCUUGUGGUUGCUGUUAUCAAUACAAGAUUAUGCUUGGAUUCAUCAACAUUUGUUUGGUCCGAAACAUUGAAUACCAAGUCAUUUACGAAUUUUUUUAAAAUAAAAAUUCGUAAAUUAAUGAGUAA